AUGUCCUUGGGCAUGAUAGUGACGCGCUUGGCGUGGAUGGCGCAGAGGUUAGUGUCCUCGAAUAGCCCGACGAGGUAGGCCUCCGCGGCCUCCUGCAACGCCGAGACGGCAGAGCUCUGGAACCGCAGAUCCGUCUUGAAGUCCUGCGCGAUCUCCCGAACCAGGCGCUGGAAGGGAAGCUUGCGUAUCAAGAGCUCCGUGCUCUUCUGAUACUUACGGAUCUCCCUGAGCGCCACGGUCCCCGGCCGGAAACGGUGGGGCUUCUUCACGCCGCCUGUUGCGGGGGCCGACUUCCUCGCGGCCUUGGUGGCGAGCUGCUUCCUAGGUGCCUUGCCGCCGGUGGACUUCCUUGCCGUCUGCUUGGUUCGCGCCAUCUUUGCAAAGCUGAGUAUCGAUCGGAGUACGUUGCAGCAACGGAGAAGACGAGAGAAGAUGGAUCAAUGA